UACAAUUUUCUCAUUUUGUUUGCUCUUCUUUCACACUUCUUCAAACACAAUAUACAAACUAUUUGUGGAUUUUAACAUAAACCCUCUAUAAAGCUUCCCUUACUUAAGCUUCCCUCUUCUCUACUAUCCAAUCAAGAAUCAGAGAGAAGGCAUUAAAGGUCAUUUUCUUGCGGCAUUGUAGUGUUACAAAAACUAAAGUCAAGAAAAUGUCUAACAGAAGAUCUAGACAAUCUUCGAGUGCUUCGAGGAUCUCCGAUGACCAGAUUAUCGACCUCGUUAGUAAGCUCCGUCAGUUUUUGCCGGAGAUUCGCGAACGACGUCGUUCUGAUAAGGUGUCAGCAACGAAGGUACUUCAAGAGACAUGCAACUACAUAAGAAGAUUGCAUAGAGAAGUAGACAACCUCAGUGAUCGUUUGUCUCAGCUUCUCGAGUCCGUUGAUGAAGAUAGCCCUGAAGCUGCGGUGAUUAGAAGCUUACUCAUGUAA